AUCCACCCCUCCCUCGCCGGACGUUUUCAUACUUUCUACCCUAAGUCGGCGCCGUGAAGAGCAAAAGGAGCAGCUAGCUCCUGGGCAGCUAGCCGGUGGUAGCACGACGAUUGACCAGGAUGUUUAGAGGUUCACCAAUCCUGGUUUGGGCUUGUCCUUCAAGGUCAUCGCAGCUGUUGAGACAAUUGAACCUUUUUGCUUUCUCUGAACGUGUUAGCUCUGCAGGAUUGGAAGUAAAACACAUUCAUGACAGGAGACCUGGAGAAACCCGUGAAAAGACUUUAUGCUGUUUAGCGCAGCUGUCGUCUCUCAGCGCAGACAGUGAGACGUAUCAGCUGGAAGACCUUACAUCUGAAAACCCCCUCUCCAAAGCCAUUUUGAAAAGCUAUUAUCACCACCCUCUGGUUUCUACCAAAACCAAAGUAGCAUCUAAUCUUUUUAGCGCUUUCUGGAACUGUUUAAUCAAUAAUAGUUUCUGGCCUUGGGAUCCUAACCAGAUUACAUUUAGUCUCAUUAAUAAGAGCCAAUGUAACUUUCUCCAGAACUGUCUGCAUCCCAAACACAGUUCUUAUAGUUCUUUCAAAAUGCCAGCACUUAACCCCUGGAUUUUAAACCAGCUCCACUUUCAAGCACAACUCUACUACCGCUCUGCUCAUCAAAUCAGAACUGUUCAUCAGGCUGUCCCUCGUGUGGCAGACACCUGGAGGGACUGCAUGUCCCCUGAGAAUGAAAACAGAUGUCGACAGGUCCUGCAGGCCAACUGGAAGCUCUACGACAUGGAGAAAGUAAGAACAGGGGCCCGUCAGACUCAAGGAAAGAACAAGGGGAAGUGGGCUUCCAUCUUGGUUUCCCUCUGCUACAAUGAGGGCGGACCGGCGUUUCUUUUUACUCUGCGGUCCUCUACGCUGAAGGGCAGGCACAAAGGAGACGUCAGCUUUGCUGGAGGAAAGAGUGAUCCGUCAGACAGAGAUGUAGUGGCCACAGCAUUACGGGAAGCCAGAGAGGAGCUGGGAGUUACUGUUCCAACUGAGAGGGUCUGGGGUGUCAUGAAACCUCUGAGGGACGCAUCGGGGAUGAUGAUUGCUCCAGUGUUGGCUAACCUUGGUCCUCUUGAGGAGUUGACUUUCAAACCGAACCCAGAGGAGGUGGACGAGAUCUUCACCUUAUCCCUGUCACACCUGUCCAGCCCCCAGAACCGUGGCUACACACACUUCCGUAGUGGUGACAAGCAUGGAUACACACUCCCAGUGUUUCGUAAUGGUAAACAUCGAGUGUGGGGUCUGACUGCAGUCGCUCUGGACCAUACUCUGAAACUUAUUAUACCUCCAUACAGUUCUGUUACAGAAAGUUUCAAUUCUUAAAUGCUUUAUUUGAAGCAACUAUCAUGUAUCAAUAAUCAGCCCCUCUAAUUCAUCCACUCUAAUUUUAAUUAUAUAUGAUUUGUUGUGUUUAUCAAGUUUUAGGAGAAGGAUCUUUUCUCCUGUACAUUUACUGAAAAAAAAUAAUAUAAUCUGUUAUGCAUAAAGACAGCUGCCUGCUUUUUUGACCUCACUGAAGAAAUAUACUGUUUAAAUUUUUCUCCUAGGAUUUUUCGUUUAGUUAAUAAAGUGAUGGAGUCAAUUUUUUGUCUGACUGAUCCACAUAUGACCGAAACACAAGAACACUCGUGAAGUCAUGUAUAGUGAACCAAGGCGGCUGUAAAAAGAUCCUGUUUGCCUUCUUAUUUCCUCGUUGAUUGAACCCAGACUGCUAAAAGCCUAAAUGAUGAAAGCAUUUCAUGUUGGUGGAAAAAACACAGCAAUAAAGAUUACUGGUUUUUAUUUUUACAGUAUCUGUAAACUCA